AUGGAGAUUGAUAAGUCUUUGCUGGAAACUUCAGUUAUGGAAAGCAACAGAAUGAAAUCUGAUGGUGAUGAUGAUUCAGAAGGCACUUCCAAAGAUAUAAACAAGGAAGGACAUGUUGAGGAAGUAGCUCAUGAAGGUGAAUACAAGUUGAAGCUGCAGCCUUCAACUACGCAAAAGCAUAGAGCUGAUGAGAGCAAGCACAAACAGGAAGCCGAUCAUGAUGAACUGGAAUCAGCCAAAGCUGAAAUGGGGAAGGUUAGAGAAGAAAAUGAAAGGUUAAAGUUGUUUUUAGCUCGAACCCUGAAGGAUUACCAGGAUCUUCAGAUGCAUUUUCUUGAUGUUAUUCAGAAAGAAGAAACAAAAAAGAAGACUGUGGAUACUAGUAGUACUGCUGAACAUCAAGGAACUAUUUCGGCUGAAGCUGAUGAACUUGUGUCCCUUAGCCUUGGGAGAACCUCGAGUACUGCUAGUACUCAUGAUCAUCAGCUCAGAAAGGAUAAUCAUGAGAUGAUGAUGAAAAAGACCAGCAGAGACAACGACGACGAGGUAAUGAAUGAAGCUGGACUUGCCUUGGAACUGGGCCGCAGAUCAUUUGAGCCAGCUGCUUAUGAUCAGGAUACUAUGAAGGUUCAUUCAAGCUCUGAAAAUAAUAGUUCAGCUCAUGGGGAUCCAAAGGAAGAUGAAGUAACUGAGAUAUGGCCACCUAGUAAAAUGUUGAAGACAAGAGAGGAUGAUGUUUCACAACAGCUGACCCAUUUGAAGAAAGCUAGGGUUUCUGUCCGAGCUAGAUGUGAUGCUCCAACAUUAAACGAUGGAUGCCAAUGGAGAAAAUAUGGUCAGAAAAUAGCGAAAGGAAACCCAUGCCCUCGAGCAUACUACCGUUGCACAGUCUCACCGUCGUGCCCUGUGAGAAAACAAGUGCAAAGAUGUGCGGAAGACAUGUCGAUAUUGAUCACAACCUAUGAGGGUAACCACAACCACCCACUUCCGAUGUCAGCCACGGCUAUGGCCUCCACCACCUCCGCCGCGGCAUCCAUGCUUCAGUCUCACUCCUCUACCUCGCAACAAGGUCUAGUCAACUCAACCACGGCCCCCGUCUCCACCUCCAGUAGUAACCCCUAUGGCCAUGGACCAAACUUCACCAAUAGUCUCUCCCAAAAUUCAUCGAGACUACUACCACAGUCACAGUUCUAUUUCCCCAACAGUACAAUCUCAACCAACAAUUCCCACCCAACCAUCACCCUUGAUCUCACUGCUCCACCCCCCUCCCAAUUCGGACCAAGAUUUCCUUCAGGGUUACCUAGGUAUUCCUUGAGUACAAGCCUCAACUUUUCGUCAUCGUCUUCCUCUUCUUUAGACCACAACACAUUACUACAAGCACCAAACUGGAUUAACAAUCACGCUGCUGCAGGAUACUUCAACUAUGGGACAACACUUUCUCAUCAUCAUAAUAGGAUGAACCAAGCCGUUGGCGGGUCUUCUCUUAACAUUGGAAAGCACCCAUUUCAAGAACCUAAUUUCUACCAUUCUUACAUACAAAAUUCUCAGAAAGCAGCUCCUACUCCACCUCAACAUCAUCUGUUUACAGAGACAAUAGCCACUGCAACGAAAGCAAUCACAUCAAACCCUAAGUUUCAAUCAGCAUUAGCGGCGGCACUCAUAUCAUUUGUUGGUACUAAUGGGAGUACUGGCUGCGCGGUUAGAGAAAAUAGUCACAUCGUUAAUGGCAGUAGCAGUAGUGAAAGUUCUGGUCUGAAAUUGAAGUGCCCACUUGAACAACCCAGAACGGAAUCGGGUGUGCAUCAUCAGGCUACUUGAACAAAUCAUCAUCGCCAUUGUUAUGUUUUCCACCUUCAUUGGAACGCUUCUGUGUCUCAGCUGAGUAGGAGGCAUUUCAAGCAGAGUAAUGCUAGAGCUAGGGAGUACAUUUUUUCGAUCACAUUCAUGAAUCGCAUUAUGUGACAGGUGUGGUCUACUUGUUGCAUCAAUCAGUUAGCAGAUCACCUGCUACGUAGUGUUGAUAAGUAAAUGUGGCUAAAAAAAUGUAGUCUCUUCGCAUUUUAGAGGUUACUGAUUGUAAUUAAUUCCUCUUUCUCAAUCACUCUUAGUAUCUCUGAAAAACAAGACAAGGUACAUAUCGUGUAAAUUAAAUUGCUAUACAUGUUCGUAUAAACUGGUACAGUUUGUAAAACUUUCUACAAUUGUACGUACGUAGUCUCGUAGAUUGUAAACUUUCUAUAAUUUUGAGUUACGGACAUCAUGAUUUGUGAGCUUCUAAU